UGUUUUCUGUGUGAGAUCAAGUGGUCUUGGGACAGAGGUUUUUCCAUUUUUCUGACUUGGGAUUUUUUAAUUUAGGUGGGAAAUUUGUUUAGUAAUUGAUGGCAGCUCCAGUGGGACCUAGACCAGGGAAUAUACCACCCAAUUACAAUCCUAAUGCACUUCCUGAUGGAAUGCAAAAUUUGCAAAUUCAUAGACCCAAUCGCCCGCCUUCAAACCCCAGUGGUAGUCCUAGGCCUAGUGCAACACCUUCUGGACAGAAGCCACCCCCUUUUGCUGGUGUGCCACCUGCAAGUCGUCCAGGACCUCCUCCACCUGGCGCAUUCCAAAGGGGUCCUACACAAGCUACAUUGCCUCCCAAUUUAAUUUCUAGACCAUCUGGCCCUCCUGUGGGUCAACCUACACCACCCUUUGCAUCUAGGCCACCUCCUGCUGGUGCAGUGCCUCCUUCUGUGGGUGGUACUGCCAUUCGCCUGCCACCUAGUGCUUUGCCUUCUGCACAAGGUGCUCAUGCUGGCCCACCAGGACCUUUUGCCGCUUCAACAAGCCCUCUUGUGCCGCCUUCUGGUGUUUCUAGUUCAGCUAGUAAUGGUCCACCUGCACUUGGUCCGGGGACAAUGCAGAAUGGACCACAUUUUUCUCCGGCAAGCAAUACAAUGAGGCCACCAGCUGGAGCUCCUCCAUCAGCAAUGUUAUCAUCUGGAACUCCUUCUCACCCUCCAAGGAUGCGUUCACCCUUUGGAAGUCCACCUGCCAGCACAACAUCAGUUACUGCACAACCGCCACCUCCAUUUCCGGGAUCAGCUCACAAUGUGCCACCUCCUUCAGGUUCCUUCCCCUUUGCAUCACCAGUCCCAGCCAUGCCUCCUCCUAUGAGUGCUGCUUAUGGAAUGCAGACAUGGCACACACAGCCUCAUCAGGUUGCUCCACCUUCUGCUGUACCUGCUUCAGUGCAACCGCCUAGGAUGUUUGGGAUGAUGCCGCCACUUUCAAAUCAAGCAGAGGCUGCAAUAACUCCUUCUAUGGGUUAUGCUGGAUCUGCAUUAACUGGGCAAUCAAAAAUUGAUUCCGAUAAUGUCCCGCGCCCAAUUCCAAAUUCUGCAGUAAUCCUGCACGCAACUCGUCAAGGCAACCAAGCCAACCCCCCUCCGCCUGCUACCAGUGACUACAUCUUUAGGGAUAAUGGAAAUUGCAGCCCACGGUACAUGAGGUGUACUAUUAAUCAGAUUCCAUGCACCGUUGACCUUUUGACGACCUCUGCAAUGCAGUUGGCUUUGUUGGUCCAACCUUUUGCUCUUCCUCAUCCGUGUGAAGAGCCCAUUGAAGUUGUUGAUUUUGGCCAAGGUGGUCCUGUUCGCUGCUUUCGUUGCAAAGGCUACAUAAAUCCUUUUGUGAAGUUCAUUGAUCAGGGAAGACGUUUCACUUGUAACUUAUGUGGAUAUACCAAUGAAACUCCACGUGAUUAUCACUGCAACUUAGGUUCAGAUGGCAGGCGUAGAGAUGCUGAUGAAAAGCCAGAACUAUGCCGAGGAACUGUUGAAUUUGUAGCUACUAAGGAAUAUACGCUGCGCGAUCCGAUGCCUGUUGUAUAUUUCUUCCUUAUUGAUGUCUCCAUGAACGCGAUACAAACUGGUGCAACUGCAGCUGCUUGCAGUGCAAUAAGCCAAGUUAUUUCUUAUCUUCCUGAAGGUCCUCGAACAUUGGUUGGGAUUGCUACAUUUGACUCGACUAUCCAUUUUUACAAUCUAAAACGAGCACUGCAGCAGCCAUUGAUGCUUAUUGUCCCUGAUGUCCAAGAUGUUUACAUUCCCCUUCAGAGCGAUGUUAUUGUGCGACUCUCAGAGUGUCGUCAACAUCUAGAGCUUCUCCUAGAAAACAUCCCAACAUUGUUCGAACAUAACAGGACUGCUGAUUCAGCUUUUGGUGCUGCAGUCAAGGCUUCUUUCUUGGCAAUGAAAAGCACCGGAGGGAAACUACUUGUAUUUCAAUCAGUCUUGCCUUCUACCGGUAUUGGAGCCCUUUCUGCUAGAGAGGCUGAAGGAAGAAGCAACAUAUCAGCUGCUGAAAAGGAGGCUCAUAAAUUACUCCAACCGGCAGACAAAACCUUGAAGACUAUGGCUGUCGAGUUUGCUGAGUAUCAGGUCUGUGUUGAUUUGUUUCUUACAACACAAUCAUAUGUGGACAUUGCCUCCAUAUGCGUCUUUCCUAGAACUACUGGAGGGAAUGUGUACUACUAUUUCCCUUUCUCUGCUAUUUCUGAUACUGCCAAGCUCUACAAUGAUCUUCGAUGGAACAUUACUAGGCCCCAAGGGUUUGAGGCUGUAAUGCGUGUAAGAUGCAGUCAGGGUCUUCAAGUUCACGAAUACUUUGGAAAUUAUUCUAGACGAAUUCCAACAGAUGUUGAUCUACCUGCGAUUGACUGUGACAAAACUAUAAUGGUAACAUUAAAGCACGAUGACAAAUUGCAGGAUGGUUCUGAAUGUUCUUUUCAGUGUGCUCUCCUUUACACCACCAUCUAUGGCCAAAGAAGAAUCAGGGUUUCUACUUUAUCUCUGCCUUGCACCACUGUGUUGGGUAAUCUGUUUCUAUCAGCUGACUUGGAUACCCAAUUUACUUGCAUCUUGAAGCAAGUGGCCAGUGAAGUUGCAACAGCUCCUCUUCCACAAAUCCGAGAGCAUGUGACAAACCAUUGCAUCAACAUUCUACACUCUUAUCGUAAAUUUUGUGCCACUGUCUCUUCCUCAUCACAUCUUGUUCUUCCCGAGGCACUUAAAAUUCUUCCUCUUUACACACUAGCUCUGGUUAAAAGCACUGGAUUGCGAACUGAUGGACUGAUUGAUAAUAGGUCCUUCUGGAUUAAUUAUGUUUCCCCACUGUCUGUUCCAUUGGCUAUCUCUUGGGUACACCCUAGAUUGAUAGCCAUUCAUAAAUACAAUAUAGAGGAGGGCGAGGAAUCUAUUAUUCCUCCUCCUAUUCCACUUUCCAAGGAACAGAUUAGUGACAACGGUAUCUAUCUUCUGGAGAAUGGCGAGGACUGUUUAAUUUAUGUUGGAAACUCUGCAGAUCCUGGUGUUAUGCGUCAACUUCUGGGCAUUUUAUCUGUUGAAGAAGUUCCUGCACAGUUUGUUCUGCAGCAGUAUGACAAUCCACUCUCUAAGAAGCUCAAUGAUAUCAUUAAUGAUAUUAGAAGCCAAAGGCGUAACUACCUCCGCUUAAAAAUAUGCAGAAAAGGAGAUUCAUCAGGUAUGUUGUUUUUCUCCAACAUGGUAGAAGACAAGACAUCACUUGGGCUUGCAUAUGUAGACUUUCUGGUACAUAUCCAUGGGCAAAUUAAAAGCAAAAUGGCAUGAGAAAACAUCCUUUUUUGUUCAUAAAUUUUGACUAUAGAGAAUGGGGUACAGAAGAGUUCAAGUUGAUGAAGAAGCAGAUAAUUGGUUUUACCUGCAUUACAGAAAUGGUCACAUUCGUGAUAUUUUGUAGGAUAGCAGCAUAGUUUAGAAGUCAGAGGGUUUCACUAAAACAUUGUAGAGCACAUUUGAAAAAGAAUGACAAAAAGCAGGGUUUCACGUUUUCAUUUUUCAGCCUGUGCAUACCUUGAUUAUUGCACCGGUACUUAUUACUUCCUACCACAGAUAGUGAUUCUACUUAGUAUACUUGACGUGCUAUGUAAUGUCAAAGUGCAUAACAAGUUUUGUUGAUUGAAGUAUUAGGAAUUACUUCUAGAGCAA